AUGGCAAUGCCUGGUUUGCCAAUGAACAAAACUCAGAAAAGCACUGGACAUACAUUAUCAUGGGCUCCUGCAAAAUCUGCGCCGUCCUCGUCGAGGAGAGGCCUCCGAGGGUCAUCGAGUAUCUUGCCGCCUCCAACUCCCGCCCCAACCAAACUUUUGCCUGAACCACCACAAUUACCCAGCAUAAAUGCGGUAAGCGCAGCAGGCAAGGCUCCUAGGAAGACCGUCAACAUCAGCUUGUUUCCAUAUCCGCCACGAGGCGACAACCGGUUUAGCAGCCGGCCACAUAAUCCGUUGGUGAACGAAAAGACACGAGCCCAGAAAUCGAAGAAACCAAAGGAGCUUUCCAAUCUUCACUUUUCACCAUCUACUCCGAGUUUGCUGUUCGUUAGCGGAGAGGAUAAAGCUAUUAGCAACCAGCGAAUGUCCGGUGGUCUGAUUAACAUCUCAUCACCGCAACAAAAUCGAAGGGCUUUGGUACAGGAUUGUUACUCAACAUCUGCCACGACACAUGAUGAAUUUGUGGAUGGGGAGGCUCUCUUUUCCAACUCAGCGUCCGACAAUCGAUCAUCCAAAUCCGAUGGUAGAGGUAACGUCAUUGUUAGCGUGCGAGUUCGCCCAGACAGCAACGCUGGCCAGUCUAAUCCUGAAGGGGAGUGGAUGGUCGAUGAGCGCAAGUCACUUAUUGUGUACAAUGGCAAGGAGGGCGGCGAAUAUAUCUAUGACAACGUCUUCACAACGCAUGAUAACAAUGCACGCGUGUAUAAUCAUAUAGCACGGCGCCUCGUCCGAAGAGUCAUGGAAGGUUAUCAUGGAACAGUCUUUGCUUACGGUAUGUCCGGUACUGGGAAGACAUUUUCGAUGCAAGGAACAGACGCAUCACCAGGCAUCAUCCCUCUUGCAAUUAACGACAUCUUCUCAUACAUUCGCGAAAGUCCUUCCCAAGAAUUUUUGCUGCGUGUCAGCUACCUUGAAAUUUAUAAUGAGAGAAUUCAUGACUUGUUAAGCAUGCCGUCGGGCAGCAGUGUUGCUAAAGCUCUGCAACAGAGCGAAAUUAAACUUCGCGAAGACAGCAAGCGAGGUGUGUAUGCCACACCUUUAAAGGAAGAAAUCGUCCAGAGCCCCACCCAAAUGCUGCAAGUCAUUGCGCGCGGUCACCAGGCAAGAUGCACGGCUAGCACACAAUUCAACGCCCGCAGUUCUCGAAGUCACGCUGUUGUUCAAAUUGUAGUUGAAAGCCGCGAGCGUAUACCAGGUUGUGACACUGGCGGAACAGAUGGCAAGCAUUCUGCUGUUCUCCCGAGUGGUGUUCGUUUGUCUACCCUAAGCUUGAUUGAUUUGGCAGGCUCUGAAAAGACAGCCGAGUCCAAAGAGCGGAGACAUGAAGGGGCCUAUAUAAAUAAGAGCCUUCUCACGCUGGGAACCGUCAUCUCAAAGCUCUCUGAGCGGAAAGACAUAGAGAGCAAAGGCGGCGACAAAACAAAUAAGCAUCUGCCAUAUCGCGAUAGCAAACUGACACGUCUCCUUCAAGGGGCUUUAUCUGGCAAUUCACUGGUGAGUAUUCUUUGCACAGUCCAGAUUGGAGCAGCUGGGAGCGCAGCGGCAGUGGACACCCAGACGACCGAAACUCUCAACACCUUGAAAUUUGCCACCCGAGCCAAGAACGGCAUUGCCAGUCACGCCAGGCGGGCAGAAAAAGCUGUCCGUGCUGGAGGCGGAGGCGGCGCUAGAGUGCUGCUGGAGCGGUAUCGCAUGGAGUUAUCGGAGCUACGAAAGCAGCUUGACGUCCAGAAGAACAAGAAGGGCGGCAAGAACAGCGAGGCGGAUAGGGAUAAGGAGAAGGACAAGAAGGCAAAGAAGUACAAGGCAAAUGAGGCCGUAGAGAGACACAAGGAGCAAAUGCGGGAGACGCAGCUUGCAAAGACAGCUUUCAAGGAACGAACUGGUCACCUCAUCAGCUCCAAGUCGAUUGGUGCCGAUUCCAAUGGCCCAUCAAGCUCACUUGGGCAAUACGCUCGAUUCUCUCACCUGUUUCUUACACGAACACCUGUUGAAUUUUCGGUGCCAAGUGAGAGUAUUGUGGUGGGUGUAGAUCACAGUGUCGCGGCUGCCUUGAAAGAGAAGGAUGCUCAAAUUGCUGAUCUCCGUGCUCGACUUGACGACAAAGACCGCAUGCUUGCCGCUAUGUGGGGCGCAGCACGCUCAAGAGACAAGGCUCACGCGUCCGCAGCAACGCAUCCAGCCAAAACGAUGCCAAAUAUCCCUGCGCCUAAGCAGACGCAUAGGAGGUGGAUCAUGGGCACCGAUGAGAUGAAGACGAUGCUUGAAGAGGUGAUCCAGGACAGCGUCGAGACGGUACACGUCAUUCGUGGAUCUUGA